AUGACUCGUAAUGAAUGGCCAAUAAAAAUUAACAGCUCGAAAGGAGCUUUCUUAAGGCCGUCUGUGGCCAACUUUUUGUGUACUAUAACGAAAAAAAAGGACAUUGACAGAUGUAUAGCACUAUGUAUACCUCACCGAGGUGUCCUUUUGUCACCAAUGGCCCUGAGGCUUUUUAAUCUUUACUUGGAAGGCAUUUGCAGGAUGGGCAAUGAUCAUGACCUCCUUACAGAACUAUGUCUCGCUGUUGACUUUGCACUCCCUCGACUCCAGCGAUCGGAGAGAAAGACUCUUAUUACUUCAGCUUGCAAUGGGGAAAAGGUGGUAUGCCAGGGCAUCACUUCGGGUUACAAUGAAAUUACUCGCUUAUUUGGAUGUCUGGGCCACCCAAACAAUGCUGAGAAAAGCGAUAAGAAAUCAGAAAAGUGGGGAAGCAACACUGUCCGUCAAAAAUCGUCACAGCGAAGUAACUUUACAGCAACGGAGAUUGCGUAUUAUAUUCCAAGUGCCUCAUACGAUAGCACUGAUCAGCAUCAUAAAGAGAGUAUUUAUGCCGAUCUAGCGGAGUAAAUAUCCCAGUUCAUGUAACAAUAAAUCUUUUACAAUCAAAUUGUAUAAACGCGAGGGAUUAAUGUCCCAAGUGUCUAGCCUUGACCAUACAAACAUCCUGUAAUAAAGUCCAGUAUGGC